AUGAAUCUCUUCUCCCGAUUGAAACCAUCUCAGGUCUCGACCGAAGAUCAUGCUGAAACUCUAUCCUGCAUUGAACAAGCCCAUCCUAACAAUAAUAAUAACAAUAACAACAAUAAUAAUAACACAACCAUACAAACAACAAAUAAAUCUCCACGACCAUCCUCUUCCAAUAAUCAUCAACAAGUUAAAAUUUCCUCAUCCGACACCUCCACUCCUUCUCCCAAUUCAGUGUACAAUACCUUUGAGAAGAAGUAUGAUUUGGAAUCUAAUUUGUCUCAUUUAGGUCAAAUAUUUAAUACCGAGUUGUGUCAUACGGAUCUUUCCGAACAAAAAUUUGAAAGAGAUUUAAUGAGAAUGUUAAAAGUCAUUUCUUUAGUGAGUGUCAAGAAACCACUAUUGGAAACUGGUUCUGUCACCUCUACAACGAUUCUGUCCGAUGAGUCGAUGGAUCAAUUAGUGUUACUUCCAUCGUCGAAAGAGAGUGGUGAACAACAUUUGAAUCACAUCAACCGUUUCACACCCUUGUCACUGUCACCUCGAACAUUUGAAAUCAUUCCAUGA